AUGUCUCGUUUCACCGGACAGGUUCUCAAGAGACUUGAAGUCCUCUAUGACGAGUGGAUCAAACUUUGUGCAGCAUUUACCCUCGAUUGGGUCGUUACCGAUAAACCACAGACUCAAGAUGAAAAAUAUCAGCAAGAAAGUCUCGGCGAGCGAAGAAUCGAUCAGUUCCCUGCUGUAGACCGUGGAAAAGGAGGAACAACGAACGCAUUGAUGCUUGACAUAGCGUUCCACCAUAAUCCAAUGAAAGAGCUGCGAGAUGAAAAUGACUCUGUGCUUGGCACUAUAGCUUCACAGUGCUACGAAAAACGCAGCUUGGUCCACGUGCAGAAAUUUGACAGUGUACUGAAAGAUGGAUGGCGCCUAUACUCUAUGCUUCUUGCGUCAGGAGGUUGUCGGUGUCAAGCUGAUAUGCAUCUCGGAACUGGUCUACUUCUACCAGACGGUACCCAUAUCAAGAUCAAAUCGUUCGCAGAAUGUAGCGGAAAGCAACUAUGA